GUAGUUUAUUUUGAAACCUAAACCGGAAGCUUCGUGGUGGGUCUGGAUGCUGGUGAAAAACAAGUGUGCCUUCUGAAGUUGCGGUUGUUGCAGAGUGUAAACUUCUCCAUCUUCAGCACCAGAGUGGGUCACACACGGUCACGGAUUCAUGAACAGCUGGAGCUUCACAGAGUCACAAGGUUGUGAAAAAACAUUUUCACUAGAAGAAGCAAAGUUAACAAAAAGAAGGAUGAGCCCGGUUUUAUUUCUUUUAUUUCUCUACCUUUGGACGUCAGAGCCGCGGCUUGUACACUCACACCCGGGGGUGCAGUCUAGGACCGGGGCUGGGCUGGAGACGCAGCUGGAGGUGGAUGCUGGAACCUCGGCUGCAGAGACAGAUGACUCCGUGUCCUUGACCAAGACUCAUGAAGACCGCAUUGAACGGUGGGAAGUUACUGUCCUGAGGAGAGUCGCCCGAGGAGCCAAAGAUGGGGAGUCCAGAAGAAGAGACCCGCACCCUGCGAGCAGUCAGGGGAAACCCCGGCCUUACGACGAUCCGCACGGUUACUUCACUACACCGCGGACCGAGCGGCUCACCUCCGCCCCGGUGACCGACCACUCCUCCUCGGGUGGUCGUGGUCCAGGGCUGCUCAACCCGCUGUUCCCGGUGACAGACAGCACCUACUGGGCGUACGCCGUCAUGCUAUUAGCGUUGGUGCUUUUUGCCGUGGGCAUCGUGGGAAACCUGGCGCUCAUGUGCAUCGUGUGGCACAACUUUUACCUAAAGAGUGCGUGGAACUGCAUCCUUGCUGGAUUGGCCUUCUGGGAUUUCGUGGUCCUCUUCUUCUGCCUCCCCGUGGUGGUCUUCCAUGAACUGACCCUGAAGAGGCUGUUGGGAGAUCUGUCCUGUCGACUAGUGCCCUAUCUGGAGGUGACGUCUCUCGGCGUCGCUACUUUCAGUCUGUGUGCACUGAGUAUCGAUCGCUUCCAUGCAGCCACCGGCCCCGGGCCUCUACAAGCACCGAGGGUGGAGUCGUGUCAGUCCAUUCUAUCAAAACUGUCAGUCAUUUGGUUGGGCUCCAUGGUGCUGGCUGUACCCGAGCUGCUUCUGUGGCAACUCUCACAGGAAACAGUCAACCUCCCUGUGCUCCCCACUGACCUGUAUCACAGCCAAUCAGGAGGCUCGCUGACGGCAGCACUGAGAGCAAACACUGGCUCCUUUAAGGUGGACAUCUGUGUCCGAGAACCUUCCGUGGAGCUGCCGGAGAACAUCUACGCUCUGAUCCUGACCUACCACGAGGCCCGUAUGUGGUGGUUCUUUGGAUGCUACAUCUGUCUGCCCCUGCUCUUCACACUGGCGUGCGACUUGGUGACGAGGCGAGUGUUAGCUCAGCGUCUGCUGCAGAAACCCGAAGGUGACAAGGUGACCAGCAGGUGCUCCUCCUCCUCUUCCUCAUCCUCCACGACGAAGAAGAAGCAGCAUGUGAGGGUGCACAGGCUCCGCCCUACCGUCAUGGCGCUCACCGUCCUGUACAUCACGUGCAACUUACCAGAGAGCAUUUGUAACAUCACACUGGCUUACGUCUCGGUCCCCGAGUCCACGACACUGCACCCUCUGAUUUUAACAGCGCUGGGUUUGAUUGGACAGUUCCUGCUGUUCGUACGAUGCUCAGCGACGCCGGUGUUGCUGCUGUGUCUGUGCCGCUCCCUCGGACAGGCCUUCAUGGACUGCUGCUGCUGCUGCUGUGAGGAGUGCCUGCCUGAUAGCAACUCCUCUUCCUCUUCCUCAGCAUCAGCUGCUGCCAUGUCCACCCUCUCCUCUCCCACAUCACCCACUCCAUCAUCUCUGUCUCCAUCCAACAAGGACGAGACGCUGAAGAGUUUGUUGGGACCAGAACCAGCUGUCUGUGACAGGGCCAAAGACUCUUUAGCGAUUGGGACGCCCUGUUGAAGCUCAGAACUGCCUUAACAUGUAGUUUUUCAAAAUUUGUUUUUUUUUUUCUUUCAAUAUUUGACGACGUUCAAAGGAUAUCAAUUAGGACACAUUGCAUACAUAAGAUUCACAGCCAAGAUAAGGGAACAUGGUUUAGAGGGCCACAAGGCUAAAGAUACAUAAUGAAACUCAUUGAAUUGUUCCUUUACACAUGGUUUUAUGGAGACCCAAUAAUGUGUUUUGGUAAAAACUGUAGAAACAUUUCUUUUGUAGUUAAUGGUAAAUUUUGUCCAUGUGCUGGGUUUGUUUCCUGUCCAGUAUUUAACAAUACAUUUCCUUUACUCUGAAGGAGGGUUACAGUAGGUAAGAGCAACAGUACAUUUCUUUUUUUUAUUUAACAUCCAUUCCAGCUGUUUACAGUAUUUGUGUAAUAACUUACUUUGUACAUCAUUAUAUUAAGUAUAUACUGUAUAUAUAUUCAUACAGUAUAUAUCUAUAUAAUGUUAAUAAUGCAGAGCCAUUUGUAAAGGACUAACCUAGCUUAAAAUGUUUAUCUCCACGAUGUACGAAGGCCGUCUUCACAACCUGCCAAACCUCUAGCUGUGUAAUAAAUGAGCAAAAAGUUCAAAAACAAAUUUAAAAUAUGUAUAUUUGUGAAAAUAAUAAAGCAAAUAAUUGCUUUAAUUACUCAACACCAAUAACAGAACCAACAAGAACCAAUAAUAAAAUGAACUAAUGAUGAGUCUGUAGGAGACCUCUGAGAAACAUGAUGUUAAAAUGCAACACCUUAUGAAAUGAUGGUAUCUUUUUGUCUUCUGUUAGUCUCUGUAAACACACAUAAAACAAACCUUACUUUUUUCUAAUUGUUUGCAGGACGUAUCUUUGAGUUAUUUUUUUCCCCCUAAACUGUUAGACUUCUUUUUUUUAUGAGGUGUCUGGAAUAAAAUCCAGAUCUUUUAGCGAGGACAGUUUUUGUAUACGUAGCUGGUUUAUAUAAUAUUUGAUAUAGUAUUGUGGUUAAACCCAGGGUAUAUUUAAACCUAGCCUGUGUAACUGACAGUCUAAAAGUAUGUGUUAAUCAGAGACCUUGUACUUUUACAGAUUUUUUUUUUCUGUAUUUCUGUAUCGUAGCCAUUAACAAGGGUCUAACAGACCUUCAGGUUAUUAAGGUGAAACGCCUGCAGUACUGUAGACGAGAGAGAGACACUGUACGAGUGUGUUUUAGAUCAGCUACAAACACUUGGACUGAUGUCAGUAAAGAGAAAAACAUGCUGUUUGUAUUUUUUUAAUGAUUUUCUUGUUGCAGCUUCAUGUAGACCUCACUGCCAACAUACAGUGGAGUCGUCACGUAGACUGCCGCGCGGUGUGAUGUUGUGUACAGUAUGUGUAUGAAACACCAGUAGAUGUUUGACUGGCUUAUAUCCUGUGUAUCCUGUUUAUCAGAUUUUUUUUUUACUUGUUUUGUUAUUUUUGGUUCAGUAAAGAUUACAUU